AUCGCGGAAAUGCUGGAGGUCGCGAUGAAGUCACGUGAAGAGUUUUUUUUUCCACAACGAUGCAUUUGUACCGAGUUCCCGACUCAUUUGUUACAUUUAAAUCGUAGAAACCUGUGUCUCAAUUCCAGUUAAAACGCAAACGAGCUGUCGACAUGGAUGAGGACGGAUUACCCAUUGUGGGGUCGGGAGUAGAUCUUACAAAGGUUCCAGCCAUUCAGCAGCGAAGAAUCAUAGCUUUCCUCAAUCAGUUCAUCGUCCACACCGUCAGGUUCCUGAAUCGGUUUUCCACAGUAUGUGAGGAGAAACUAGCAACAGUAUCACUACGAAUCCAGCAGAUUGAGACCACACUGAGCAUCUUGGAAGCAAAGCUGGCCUCUAUACCUGGUUUGGAAGAAGUGACAGUGGAAGGAGUGAGACGGUCUACAGAGACAAACGGCCCUGCAGCGGGGGGCAGUGAUGCCUCGGGCCCCUCUUUAGGUCCUCCUGUUGAGGCAUCGCAGCAAGCACAAGUGGCCCAUCCGGAGCAAAAGGCAGAGGCCCCAUCAGAAAAUGUGAUUACUGUAGCCAAGGACCCACGAUAUGCCAGAUACCUGAAAAUGGUGCAAGUGGGUGUUCCAGUCAUGGCCAUUAAAAAUAAGAUGGUAAUGGAGGGUUUGGACCCCGGUUUGCUUGAUACCCCUGAUGCACCUGUUCCAGAUAGUGUCAAAAAAGGAUUGGAUGAGCAAGAUGAUGACAGCUCAGGCAGCGAAUCAUCUUUCAGCGACUGAUUGGCUCUCACAGCCAAUGAGCUUUGUGUAGGACUAGUCUGUGUAGGCCGUCAUGAGCCCUGCUCAUCUCAAAGCAGCGUAAAUGCACUUGAAUGUCCUUACAGAGGACAGACACUUAGUGGUGGCACUAAGGUUGUGUCACAUCUCAGAGACUGCAUAUUUGUCAUCUAUAGUGGUUUCUCACUCGGUGAGAUUGCUAGUGAUUGUGAUGAUAACUGGUCCAUUUAAGUCUGUUUAAUUACUACUCUCAUGUGAAUUGUUAUUAAAUAUCUCAUCACUUGCCUGACAUGUACAUGUUAGAUGCCUAAUAUGUACAUCUAAUAACAAUAAAAAGAUGCCAGUGAGUGUCUUUAUGAAAUAGACACAAGCAGGCUUGUAAACCUG